UAUUUCCCUAAGCUUGGUGAACAACUGCUUUUAGUCUAGUAUCAAACAUUAACAGUGACAGGACGUAUAUACAGUGAAAAAUACAGUGUAAAAUUUUCUCGUUCAAUUCGUUUCACAGUUUUUAAAGUUACAAAAUACAAGCAGUGAUCGUAUGAUAUUAUAUAAAAGUGUGUAGUUAGAUAGUCAAAAUUUUUCUAUUAAAAAAUGUCCGACUACUUCGAUGAAAUGGGUUGGACACCGUUAGAAGAUGGUGAGGCUCCAAAUCAUUUAAUACACAUGGCAAGGCUUCUACGAGAUUUCGGUAUGUGGGAUUUGUUGGGUCAAACUACGAGGCUACCACCACCAGCUUCAAAAUCUGCAAUAGAAAACUUGAAAGAGAUUGAAAUAAGUUCUGCCGAUUCAAAACAGUGUCCUGUAUGUUUAAAAGAGUUCGAAGACGGUAUAUCUGCAAAGUGCAUGCCCUGUAAACAUGUUUUUCAUAAGGAGUGUAUAAUACCAUGGUUAGAAAAGACGAACUCGUGUCCACUCUGCCGGCAUCAGUUACCUACAGACGAUGAAGAUUACGAAUUGUACAGAAAAGAAAAGAAACGCGAGGUAGAAAGGGAAAAGGAUUUAGAAACUUUGCAUAAUUCAAUGUUCAUGUAGAAAAAUACAUAUUUAUAUGUCAAAAAGAAGUGUUUUAUUUCUCUAUAUGAAUAUUUUCACGACAUCACAUUAUGAAUGUUUCAGAAUGUUUUAAAAUAUACGGAAAUGAAUUAAUGUACACUUGAUUAUCACUUUGCUAUAUUAUUUCAUAUGUUUGUAUCGCAUAAAGUAUGUAUCUAUCUAACACAAUUGUAUUCAUUGCUUUUUUGUAAUAAUAUGCACAGACGAAUACAUUUAUGGACAAACAGUUAAAAUAUACUUGAUAUAUAAAUUUUGAAACAUUGCUUAAUUGUUUAAAAUGUGAUAAGACAAACAAAUAUCAUGUCACUUGCGUGAUGCACUUUCAUCUGUAUCUUUUGUUUAUAAUAGCAUGAAAUAACAUCUAAAAUUCCAGAACACUGUGAAUGCGUGUCGCAGACGUUCAGAGUAAUAACUUAUCGUAUAAAUUCAACUACUACAUAUGUAUUUGUGAAGGAUAAAUGAGAAGACUUAGAUUUAUUAAUAGGAAAUAAUGUUUAUUAUACAGUGUACAUAUUUAUUAACUUCAUUUAUUUUAUUUCUGUUAUAAAUUUUAUAUUAAUAAUAUUAUUAUGCUUUGCCGAGCGACGAAUGCCUUGAUCAGUGUGCGCUUAAUCUAUAACAAUCUCCGUAAAAAGUAUAGAAACUUCUGCUUUUUAUUUUGUUCGUUUGUUUGUUUUCCUUUCAUCAUUCUCUCCCAUCCCCAUCCUUUUUCGGUUGAUCAUUUAUCAAUCCCCCCAUUCCCCCUUACAUUGAUCACCAUUAAUUAUACCACCAAAGAGUAUCGCCAAAAUAUGUUGCGCUGAAAACGGCAUAAUCGUUCGGCAUAUACAAAUAAUAGUACUGUCGAAGUUAAAGUAAUUGGCGGUUCAUUCAUUUCCUUUGUUUGUUCAUAUUUUUUUUGCCGGUGACGCCAUUUCGCACGAAAUGGCGCGCCGCCGCCUUCGCGCCGUUCUGGUCGCGACAUUCUCGAACGUUUUUCUUUUCCUCGAAAUACUUCACCCUAGGAUUAGUAUUUGUUAUGAAUU